AUGUUUGCAUACGAACUCGCUGGAUUAAAGAGAUUAAAUAUUCACGCAGUCAAAUGGGGCAGCAGCUAUCGGGUUAAGGUUCGUGGUAGAACUGGCAAGAUGGUAUAUGUUAGCAACAUAUCGCGUUCGGUCAACAAGAGAUUGGUGGCCAAGCAGUACAAUAUUUCGAUUGAAACACUUGAGACGCAUAUGUCGCCUGAUUUCAAGGCUGAUCCUAAGUACCGUUAUUACAGUGGUAACCAUAUGGAAUCACACCUAUAUGAGGACAUUGGGGCUAAUGACUUCUACGAUAAGCUCGAGAACGUUCUUUCGACCCAGGCAAGUGCCUUUAAGGUAAAUAUUGCUCUGGGCUACGAACUUAUCAGCAAGACCGAUCCUGAUGAUACUCGCUACUUCUACCCGAAUCUCGCAAAUACUCAUGUAUUCAAUAGUCCCAUUGCCAUCAACAGCAAGGCUGACAUUCGAAAGAAGGUGAUCUCUGAAAUCCGAUCGAUGGAAUUGGCUGACAAACUGAACUACCCCAGCUCUGGGUAUAAGCUCAAGGCGAUCACUGCAUUCAAGAUUUUCAUCUACCAUCGCGAUCAUGCUCUUGGAGAUAGCGAUGCUGCUAUUCCUAAGAUUAUCCGCGAGAACAAGCAUGUGAUCAACUUUACUAAGACAAACAAUAAGUGUGUCUUCCACUGUGUCGCCUGGCAUACAUUCCAGAGUCCUAAGAAGGAUCCUCGAAGAAUUCAGGCUCAGGUAAAGGAGGCAUUCAAGCGCUACUGCUCUUUUAAGGGGGUUAACUAUUCGUUGAGCCAGUUUCGAAGCUUCAAGCCCAUUGACCUACUACAGCUCGAUGAGGUUGAACACUGCUUCCAACUUGGUAUAAACGUAUAUACUAUGGAUGUAGCGUCUGGAAAUGUAGAGUGCAUUCGUAGAUCGGACAAGAAGUAUGAAGCUAUUGAUAUUCUAUCACACGAGAAUCACGCUCUCUACAUCAAAAACAUUGUGAAAGGCUUAAAAACCAUAAGAAGAAUCAGUGCGAGCUUGUGA